AUUGAGAAGCUAUGAAAUAAUUACCUGAAUACUGAUGGAGCUUUCACAAGUGGUCGAGAGAAUGAGAAGAGAACUCUUCUCUUCCUCGGCUGGCUUCUUUGCCCUUUUGCCUGUCUCUGCAUAUGAGACAGCCUGGGUUGCCAUGGUGCCUGACCCAAAUGACCCGACUCGCCCCAUGUUCCCCAAGUGUUUGGACUGGGUUCUGCGUAGCCAGGAUGCACUCGGUUUUUGGUUUGAUGAUCAUAUGCAUGAGCAAUGUGGUCUUGAUCUCGAUCACCAGGAGCUUAACAAUUAUAAGCAUCAAUGGAGCUCUGUUGAUCUUAUGGCUACCCUUGCCUGCUUAAUUGCUCUCAAGAUUUGGGAGAUUGAUUCUUUCACUCAUAAAAUAAUUAAAGGACUUGAAUUUCUCAGAGACAACAUGGAGAUGGAGUUGAGGAAGAUGAGAAAGAGAAAAGAGGGUGGUGAUGAUGCCAGGCUUUUUUAUAUGUGUUUUUUGAUGCUUGAGCUUGCAAAGGCCAAAGGCUUGAUUGUAUCUCCGGCUGCGGCACAACAGAUCAAAAAUGAACUUUUUAAUGAAUUUGAAGUGAAUGCAACAAGGUUUAAAGGGACAAAAGAGGAUGGGAUGGUGGAGCGAAUUGUGAUGAGGGAGAUUGCUUUUGAAAAUGGUGGCUCAGAACUCUUUAGAUCACCGUCGGCGACCGCAUGUGCUUUCAUGAUUAGUGGAGACCAAACUUACAUAACUUAUCUUCAAAAUUUACUUGUGGGUUGCCAACAAGGAGUUCCUCCCAUAUACUUUGUGGAUAAAGAUGUGAAUAAAAUUUGGGUGGUUGAUCACUUGGAGAGGCUUGGAUGUGCAGAGCAUUUUAGAGAAGACAUUAGGCAUGUGAUGGAUCACCAAUACCGAAAAUGGAUUGCAGAAGAACUACAAAUCCCCAAAAAAGAAGAUAUUGCAUUCCAAAUUUAUAAAGACUCUUUAGCUUUUCGGCUCUUAAGGAUGCAUGGUUAUCAAGUUUCUCCAAGAAGAUUUUGUUGGUUCAUUGAUGAUAAGGAAAUGUUAUCACAUAUAAAAGAUAAUUAUGCCUUCUUUUUAGGCCCCAUGUUUAGCAUUUACAAAGCAUCACAUAUUGCAUUUGCAAAUGAUGAUGAACUUGAGAAUGCUGGAGUGUUCGCUCGACACAUCUUGCAGAUGGGAAUCUUGAGCAAAAAAAUAAAACAUGAAUCCAAUAUCCCAACUACAUCAAUAAAAUUUGAACAAGAGAUUGUGCAUGAUUUGGAGAUUAAAUGGCUAGCACGAAUGGAUUUUUUGGAGCAUAGGUUUUACAUUGAAAGAGGAGGGAUCUAUUUGUUUUGGAUUGGAAAGAAUGCUCCUUAUUACAAAAUCGUACAAAAUGAUGGCCUACUCCAACUUGCCAUUGAUAAUUUUAUGAUGAGACAAUCAAUAUACAAAAAGGAGCUUAACGAAUUGCACAUGUGGUCGAAGGAUGCUGGCCUCUCCACAAUAGGAUUUGGGAGGGAGAAGACAUCAUAUAUUUAUUUUGCCAUGGCUUCUUCAACUUGCCUCCCACUUAACACAGAUUCAAGAAAAGCAGCGGUGAAAAGUGCAGUCUUGAUUACAAUUGCGGAUGACUUUUUUGAUGAGGAAGCCUCCCUAUAUGACUUGUCCAUCCUAACAGAUGCAAUACAAAGGUAG